AUGGCUGGAAAAGACCAGGUGGAAGAAAAUUUGGAUCAUGGUGCAUCGGCCUUCUCAAUCAAAAAAAUUGCCAGAAGAUUUGAAAUCUUUUUGUCUACAUUUUUGUAGAUAAGCAUUUUUAGAUAUCUCCAUAAUAAACCGAGAAUUGAACAGUAAAAAUUGACCUGCCAAACAUAGUGCAUCGUGACACAACUUUGGAUACUUAUAUCUCGCUACGUGCUUGAUCCGGUGCAGACAAAGGACGAGGAGGACGUUUUCGAUCCGUACACUAUUGGACAAGUUCUUGGGUACCUUUUUGAGGUUCAAGAGUUUGGAGGAAAGAAGCCGCCAAGUGGAAAGUACACGAUUGAGCUGAUGGGCAAGAAGAUUCCGAAUCAUUUGAAGAAGAAGCGUUCGCUGUUUGGCUCUUCGGACCGUACUCGUCGUGCAACGUUGGUUUUCAAGAAGAAGGAGCAUGAAAAGAGCACUUUGUAG